AUGGACACCACAGGAAAGACAAUCACAUGUCGGGCAGCCAUUGCCUGGGCAGAAAAGUCUCGUCUUUCAAUUGAAGAAGUGCAAGUUGAACCACCCAAACCUGGAGAAGUGCGCAUUAGGAUGUUAUCUUCAGGGAUCUGCGGUUCUGAUGACCAUGUGCUGAAAGGGGAACUCUCAGUGAAAUUUCCUUUAAUUCCGGGUCAUGAAGGAGCAGGAAUUGUGGAGAGUGUUGGCGAUGGAGUUAGCUCCGUGAAACAAGGAGACAAAGUUCUCACACUCAUUAUUCCACAGUGUAGAGAAUGUGACGCCUGCUUGCACUCCCAAGGAAACUUCUGUGACAAGCAAGAUGUUCUUCCAUGUUCCGGGGUGAUGCUGGACGGGACCUGUAGAUUUUCCUGCCGAGGACAGAAGAUUUAUCAUUCCUUCCGCACAAGCACGUUCACUGAGUACACUGUUGUGCCCGAGAUUGCAGUGGUAAAAAUUGAUGCUGCUGCUCCUAUGGAUAAAGUCUGUCUCAUAAGCUGUGGCGUUCCUACAGGCUAUGGGGCUGCUGUUAACUCAGCCAAGGUCACCCCUGGCUCCACCUGUGUGGUGUUUGGACUCGGAGGGGUCGGCUCAGCCGUGGUCAUGGGCUGCAAAGCCUCUGGUGCUUCUAGAAUCAUCGGGGUUGACAUCAAUGAGCAGAAGUUUCCCCGGGCAAGAGCCCUGGGCGUCACUGAUUGUCUCAACCCUAACAAGCUGGAGAAACCCGUCCAGGAGGUGGUGAUGGAAAUGACCGGUGUCGGUGCUGACUUUGCCUUUGAGGUCAUCGGAAAGGUUGAGACCAUGGUCGCUGCCUGGAACUCCUGUAACAACAGCUAUGGUGUCUGUCUGAUCGUUGGGCUGGCCCCGGUAGAUGCACAGCUAUCCCUUGAGGCGGCCAAGAUUCUGUCUGGAAAAACCCUGAAGGGCGUGUGUUUGGGAGAUUAUAAAACCAGAGACUGUAUUCCCCAAAUAGUAACUGAUUAUCUCCAAGAUAAGAUUAAUAUAGAUCCAUUAGUGACUCAUCAGCUACCUUUUAACCAACUCCACAAAGCCUUGGAACUGUAUCAUGCAGGAAAAACCAUCCGCUGUGUUCUACUCUUCUGAGA